GUGAGCAGCGACACUCAGAUGGUGCUUUUGCUUGGAACUCCUGGUGUGCUGAAACGGAAGUGGUGCAUUGGGGAAAUCGCAACGGCCUAUUUAGCCAAGGUGGAGAUGACGAUCUUGAGCUUUCCAACUUUUGAGAUGCCGGAUGAGCUCUUCAUCUCAAAUUAUCAGCAGAUAGUCCCUGAGGUGGUGGAACUUGCCGUGUAUGGUCUGGGGCUGUCAGAGGUGCAAAUGGCCUUACGCUCAUUGAAGCAAGUGAAAGACAUUCCCGUUGGCGACGUUUUCUCAAGGAACCGCUUGAAUGAAAUCGUCGACAUCCUCACCAAGGAUGUGGAGACGUCUUCCACACCGCUUACCUCCAAAAGCUACAGUGGGGACAUCAUGACGGUUUCGAACACACACUUGACAGAGUACAUCAUCUUGGCGGACCCCGGCAACUUUGAUGCCAUCGCCACUGCCGAGGUCCUCGGUCGCUUUAUGGUGAGCAAUUUACCGGACAAGGGCCUGUCUCCAUGUGUCUUCACAGUGGAAGAUGAUGUCUCCAAGGACACUUCCAACAUCAUUCUCCUGUUGACAGAGAAGUGUUUCCGCUCCGAACACAUCGCUCACUGGCUUCUACAGGCCCGGGUUCCAGACCCCAAGCUCUUGCCAGUGAUGGCAGAUACCAAGUUUAAAUUUCCAAACUCCACUGAGCUUCGCAGUGCUUCAAUCACUUGCCGAGUGGAUCAUACUGCCUACGCUCAAGUGAUCAAAGCAAUCCUUCUUGAAGUGGCACCUCCUUUCAUUUGUUCUGAGAGCUCAGAAGUGGAUCUUUUGAUCCGGAGCCGGCAAAUUUGUAACCGCUUGUAUGGGGAUGUAAGGGUUUUAAGUACCAAGAUGGUCAUGGUGGGACCAGCUCACAUCUCUGAACAAGGAACUGAUGCUGAGCCUGCUGAGCCUGCUGAGCCAGUCGUAGAAAGUCCGGCAGGCCCGGCUAACCACCCAACUGCGGACAGUUCGAAUCUUAGUCUUCAGCUGUUGAACCGCGGCACCAGCAGCAGCGCACAGAAACAGACUGUGGGCGAAGCCGAAGCAGUCUCCACGGCAGAGGUACAUUUGGCCUCUGAAACCAUCAGUCGAGCCUUUUAAACCUCCGGGUUCGGCCGGCUAAAAACGCUAGCACAUGGGGCCAACACCCGUGCAUAGUGUUCUGUUUCAAGAUUGUUUCACAACCCUAGUUCUUUGGGUCCUGUUUCUAUGAUCCUGAGAAGAAUCUCAGUGAUCUUGACUUUUGUACAGUCAUACGACAUCAACAAAAAUCCACAAAGGUUGGCAAAAAUGUUUCUUAUCCUUUGUGCGAUGCAGGGCUGGAACCAGCUCCGGCUUGGAUUUCCCGUUGGAAAGCGCUUUCAGUUGGCAUCGCUCGAGCGACCGUGCAUCGCUUAGACCGAAGUUCUUCACCGCUUCGGUUUGGGGAAUCCAGUUGACGCCGUCGGCAGGUCCGGUUCGUCGGCAGGUGCCCAGGCCAAUGUCGCUUUUGCUCCGCGACCUUGCUCGGUGGCAGCUUGUGCCAGCCGUUUCGGAAGCUCCAAGCCUUCAGACCGCGCAGAUGAUGUGGAAGGUUGGAGAUGCGCCCGUUGAGGCCGGUGCAGGUUCGGAGAAUCCGUUCCGAGGACGUGAAGGUUCUUCUCUGGCGGCUGAGAAUCCUGGGGCAAAGAAUACCAAUCAGAUUGACCUCCCUCCUAUCAUUUCACCAGACCUCUCCCCCUGACAAGCGCUUUUUCAUCGGUCGUGACAUGUCCAAAUGGGCCAGGUCUUGUACUCCAGAUGGGAUGGGAAUGUGCUGAAACUCACCCAAAGCUGCGGAUGACGGGACACCUGUCAGGGGGCGUUGGGGAAGACCGACUAGCCGUGACGGAACAAUUAGCGACGGUAUUGUGUAGACCAGAUUUUUAAAACAUACUUACACAUACUUACACUUGUUUCAUAUGCAUUCACGUUAGCGUGAAGCGACCAAGCGAUAGUUGGUGCAAAAGGUCGAGGUCAUCCAAGCGGUGUCAAGAAGGAAUGAACGGGGUGCUUGGUUCGUGCAUGGGUCAAUCAUCACCCUGUUUGGUUUGUGCAAACAGCACUCAGGGAUCGAAUAUGGCAUCACAAGCUUGGGUUCUGCUAUGAUAUGUUUUCAGAAACCAUCGCCAGGAGGCAUAUGCCAAAGAAUGAAGAUGUUGCCGUGGGCGAUACAAUUGAAGCUAUUCGCCUACACGCGGUAUGAGGAAUGUCACACACAAACAUCAACAGGGUACAUUAUAUAGAACUUGUGAACUGACAGUUUCACCGGGAUAGGGAGAUGAUCGACGUUCAAUCAUAUGAAGGUCCGUACAUAAAUUCAAUCAAAAGCGAACGCUUUCAACCCAUUGCUUUCCACUGCUAAUACGGCUUUAUUUGACAGUUCCUCAAUUCUUGACAUGCCCAAACAUUGUUUUUAACUCAAUUUUUGCUUGCCACAACAAGUUAGACGUUCCUUUUGAGUCUACAACCACCAGCGUUGGUGAUAUCCGCAUGAGUGUUGUACUGGCUGCUGGUAUCGAUCGACAGACCGUCAGUAGAAUCAUUCAAGACAAGAUGUG